CCAAUUACACUCAAAAUCCCUUAAUAUUAAGCAAAAAGAGGGGGAUUGAUCUUGGUGAUAUACCAUAAACCAUUUGUGUACGUGGCAGUCAGGCCAAGCACCAGUAUGGAAAUUGUUAGUUUCAUUGUUUAGUGUUGGAAGUGAGGUAUUGGUCCGCCAUGACACUUGUGGAGAGUGAUUCACCAGUCUUACAUGACUAGAAAAUGUCUCCAGGCCUCGUAUGUGGCGUCCACGUGCCAUGACGAUGUAGGAGUGCGCGCGCGAGACAGCCAUGGCCCGCUAUGGCAGCGACCCGGCCACAGAGACCAACCGUUUGCUGCACACGCUGAGUCUGUGCAAGUCUGAGGGUGUCCACUCCAAUGGUGGCAUGGGAGGGGAGAGUGAGCCCGUGUUGGCCUCCUCCCACCAUGGCUACGGCCGCAUACUGCCGCGUGCGGCCAGCGGCGCAGGCGCGGGCGCAGACGCAUCACCUGCGGCCCACAACCUCCCCAGGAUCGGCGCCAUAGAGAGUCUGAUCAAGCAGGAAGGUGUCGGCUGCCAGGGUGCACAGGUGCAUGAGGUGCUGGACUCCCGCCGGGUGAUUGCUGCCGCCAAGUUCGCCACCCCGAAGCUGCCGGAGAGUGUGGUGGUGUGUGGGGCCCCCAAUGGUGGCGUGACACCCCCCUCCUGUCUGGUCACUGGCUCCCUCACUGCUGCCACUGUUGGCUACGCCCAUAUCACCCCUGUCACUAGUGCCACCCACCUUCUUCCUGUCACUAGUGCCGCCCAUCACCUGCCUCUCACUAGUGCCACCCAUCACCACCCUGUCACUAGUGCCGCCCACCACCUCCCCGUCACCAGUGCCACCCACCUUCUUCCUGUCACCAGUGCCACCCACCACCUUCCUGUCACUAGUGCCGCCCAUCACCUCCCUGUCACCAGUGCCACCCACCACCUCCCUGUCACUAGUGCCGCCCAUCACCUCCCUGUCACCAGUGCCGCCCACCACCUUUCUGUCACUAGUACCACCCACCACCUUCCUGUCACCAGUACCGCCCACCUCCCCAAUGGUGGCACCUCGCUGGCCAAGCCUCUCAACGGACAGUCUCUGUACUCCGGACAUGUGCGGUACGAACCUCCGCCUAUUUACGGCCGCAACAACCCCAGUAACUCCGCUCACUCGAGUCCUCGCUCGAGCUUGAGCGGCGGCAGUCACGAUUCUCUGAAUUCCGGCCACAACUCUCGAACCAUUCCACAGCCAACGACGCACCAUUCCAGUGAAUUUGUUGUGAAACCUAGUUUUGUAGGACAACUUCAUACGUAUGAAAAUAUAAAUAGUUAUCACCAUUACGGACCGCAGGGUGGUUUGGCGGCUACCAUUAUUGAAAAUAAGUAUGCCAGUCCACGUUCCAGUGUAAGUUCCCAGGACUCGAAGCAUUCCAGCCCAAGGUGCAGCUUAGUACAUUCCUUACAAGGUUCUAGUCUAGAUAGAACAAGUUUAGCCAGUCAGACUAUAUUGGAAGAGGGUAGUUUGCAUAGGCCUACGAUAGUUAAUAGGCAUUUGCCCCCUCGUAUAGAACAGGACUUGGAAGGCAAAGAAUUUGUUAUUCCAAGAAACAAUGCGUAUGUUCAAGAAAACGCUAGGCAUAAUUCUCAGUGGAGUGUGAGUAGUGACUGUGUUAGACAUCGUGGAAUUUAUUAUGACGCUCUUCCGCCUCCCCCCGUUCCACCUCACUCUGUAGGUCUCUCUCGACCAACGCACACACCCGUUGCGACUCCGAGCCCUACCGCCCUUCCACCUCCUCCACCUUACCCUGGAAAACCACCUAGCUUAAAUUCAGCAUCUUCGACAGAAGCGAGCGAAUCUUCUGCGUCCGUUGGAAGUUCGCGUGCUACGUCUGUCGUGUUUCCUAUAGUGACUUCAACUCAUAAUUAUGCUAACAUUGAGGUGCUAAAGAGUGUUUCUGGAGCCGAUCCACCACCGCCGCCACCUUACCCAUCGUCUCUUGUACGCCAGUUCCAAAACCUGGGCUUGUCCAGUACGCAGUGUUCUGUAGGAGCACACUCUCCAAUUUCUUCGACUCCUUCGACCCCAUCAACUCCGUCGACUCCUCAGAGCUUAUUAAGGAGUGGAGGAGCCCCACCUCCGCCACCACCACCGUAUCCGUCCUCUGUGGUAAGGGCAGCCCAACAGCAAUAUAUUGUCCCACCUCCGCCACCUCCAUACCCGUCAUCAGUAGUGAGAAGCAUCACCUCUGUACAGUCAUACGUUCCCACCACCAUAGGUCUAAUCACCGGACAAAUAGCUCAAGUUCCGCCGCCUCCUCCACCGUACCCUUCAACGGCGGUGCGUAGUGUAGCUUACAAACAAAACAACAGCAAUAUGAGUCAAAACAACAAUACCAACAAUGCGCUGAACACUCCGAGUGAUCGUUUAGCACAGUGGCAACACAAAUUGGGCAGUGGUGCGCACACGCCCCAAUCGCCAUCCUGCAACAUGUCGACCGUGUCUCCGGGCAUCACCACAGGCCACGCGCACACGCCGCCGACCCCGUCUUCAACGUCCACGACGGCCAAGCCUGUCAGCGGCAAGAAUCUUCUGCCGUAUAAUGUUACAGCAAAAUCAAUGGGGAUGAGCGAGGCUGAGAGGAAGCUGGAGGCUCUGACGCAGCAGAUAGAGGAGGAGAUGGAGAAGCAAGAACAGGAGGGAGAAUAUUAUGGUGUUUGUCACACGUGUGGAGACAAAGUGACUGGUGCGGGGCAGGCGUGUCAGGCUAUGGGGAAUCUUUAUCACACCAAUUGCUUCAUCUGUUGCUCCUGCGGACGUGCUCUGCGGGGAAAGGCAUUCUACAAUGUCCACGGUAAAGUGUACUGCGAGGAAGACUACCUUUACUCUGGUUUCCAGCAGACUGCGGAGAAAUGUGCAAUCUGCGGCCACCUUAUUAUGGAAAUGAUAUUACAAGCAAUGGGCAAGUCUUACCAUCCAGGGUGCUUCCGAUGCUGCAUAUGUAAUGAGUGUUUAGAUGGCGUGCCAUUUACAGUUGAUGUCGACAACAAGAUCUACUGUGUCCAUGAUUAUCAUAGGGAGGCCAGGAGGACAAGCUGCCAGAGAAAACCUGUCAUCAAGAAGUGCAGCUCAAGACCCCAAGCAUCAACAUCACGGGGAGGAAAUGAUGGACCAUUGAUGGGACCGUGGUAGACUACUGUUCCAAGCCGGGGAGAAUGGUUCAUUACAACUCCAGCAAGACCUCGAGCAUGAACAUCUCCAGAAGGAAAUGGACCAUUGAUGGGACCGUGGUAGACUACUGUUCCAAGCCGGGGAGAAUGGUUCGUUACGACUCCAGCAAGACCUCGAGCAUCAACAUCUCCAGAAGGAAAUGGACCAUUGAUGGGACCGUGGUAGACUACUGUUCCAAGCCGGGGAGAAUGGUUCGUUACAACUCCAGCAAGACCUCGAGCAUGAACAUCUCCAGAAGGAAAUGGACCAUUGAUUGGACCGUGGUAGACUGCUGUUCCAAGCCGGGGAGAAUGGUUCGUUACGACUCCAGCAAGACCUCGGCAUCAACAUCUCCAGGAGGGAAUGAUGGACCAUUCAUGGGUCCGUUGAUGGAUAUGAGGAUACUGUAUGCUGAAGAGAAGUGAUUAUCAUGACUCGGCAAGAAAUCGGUGGAAAUGGCUAGAUUCAGUGGGCAUGGGAAAGUCAACAGUUUAUAUGAAAUACUUGUAUUUCCACUUAAUAUGGAAAAGUUUGUGAAAUAUUUGCAUAUUCAAUGCUGCCUCACAUGCAACUCUUCUCUGAAAUACAUACUUAUAGAUCAUAUUAUUUUGUGCCAAGAACUGUGAAAGUAACCAUGGCAAAAUGCAUCUGUUCAUCACAAUAUUGUGUUGUAAAUCAGUAGCAAGUGAACAUUAUGAACAAGGCAGCUGAAGUGAACAAGAGGAGUUUGAAAAGCGAGAGGGAGUUUUAUGCAAACGCUUUCCUACUAAAGAAGACGAGCCAUUGAGGUUCGUCCAGUCGUCAUAUUUCCAGCCAAGACAUGUAGCGCCUGAUGAUACCUUCUGGAAAUUUAUUAGGUUUAUAUUAUAGUAUGAUAACAUUGGUAUAUUUCACACAGAAAUCACAUUAACGUGAUAUGCAUCUGUGAGAAAAUCCACUGGCAAUGCCGGGGUCGUAGGUUCGUGUCCACCUUGUAGCCCUGGUGGAUUUUCUCAUUGACAUGAUUGUUAGUGUAAAUGGAUUAGUAUUUGUAAUUGUGAUGUGUACAGUUUGCUAUAGUGGCAGCGAGAUGUAUGUCGCCUGUACGUGCCGUUAAAAGCUCGACCCUUUGAUAAUAAUUUUGACAGGCUUCCUAGAUGUAAAUUAUUUGGGUUUGAAAAGUUGUUAAUAAAAAUCAGACCGACAUACAUCUUUGAAGAGAAAUGCUAGUAGGGAAAUAAAAAAAUAUAAUUACUAUACAGUAUUUACUGGCAGAUAAGAUGUAAAUUUUUCAAAAGAAAAAAUUUAUAAAAAAAAAUUAGCCUGCAUCUAAUGCGCUUUGAAGGGCACUUGCACUGUAAACGUGGAGUGCCAAUCUAGUAUGAUGAAGCAUACUUAGUGUUUUCCAGAAAAUAGCCUUGUAAAAUAAAUGCAUCGUAUACACUGGCAAUUAUGGUACAUGUGGCAUUAUUGGUAGGACCCUCGGCUAAACUGUGGUCGUCUUACAUGUUACUGCAGUAUUGACUUACAGGUACAUAGAAAGAUUGUGUUAUAUACGUUUUCAUUUUGCAAUGCUUUUUAUGCCUCCGGUAAGACGGUAAUACAUUCUUCGACUGUAAAAUAUAAACGGGAUGUAAAAUGGUGUGCACACUUGUCCACAUUUGUUUAUGUAUGUGCAUGCACAACAUGUACACAUUUGUUUGUUCUUGCAUGACAUGUACACAAAUGUUUAUGUAUGUGCCUGUAAAUGUGUACACCUUUGUUUAUAUUUGUUCCUGCAUGACAAGUACCUGUGUUUAUGUAUGUGCUUGCACGACCUGUACACAUUUGUUUGUGUAUAUGUGAUAUGUACACAUUUGUUUGUAUGUGUGUAGAGAUGCACAUGUGCGUGUUAGGUGUGGUGAGCCAGUAACUCAUCAGUUGGGUGAUGCUUCUCAAUGGAUUCCUUGGAGGCACAAAAGCAUCGUCUUUAGAUACAAGGAGGAAUGUUUACAAUAUAUUUAGAUGCACUACAGUAUUUUUAUUUGAGAAAGUUUCCAUACAUCAUCCAUACCUACUCCCAUACAUAUAUCCAUCUAUACAUGCAUACGUGCAUGCAUCAUACAUAUAUACAUUCUGCAUACUUAAAUCAGUGUUUUUUAUCAUUGUUGUGUAUGUGUGUAAAAUAAAUAAAUAAAUAAAUAUAUAAUAUAUACUGUGUAUAUAUAUAUAGCAGGAACCUCGAGUGACGAGUGACUCCAGUUAGAAGCAUUUCGCGUAACAAGCGAGCCACUCGCAGAAAAUUUGUCUCGACUGACGAGCUUUCGCUCGAUUAACGAGCAAAGCACAUGGUGCUUCCUAGUUCCCACUGGUUCUCGGACGCCUCUGACGACAGUUGUUGUUGUUUCGCAAGACGAGAGUUUCACAUGACGAGCUCGGUGCCGGAACGGAUUAUAUUCGUUAAUCGAGGUGCCACUAUAUAUAUAUUUACAUAUACAGUAGUAUUAUAAUUUAUUUUUUAACAUUGUAGUUUAUCAAAUUUUGUUCUCUAUUCAUUUUUUAUUAAAUAUAAGAUAGACAUGUUUAUCUAAGAGACAUAAAAUGUAGUUUAGUUUCUCUGUAAAGUAUUUUAUGGCACUGUUGAUUAUUGUAGCAAAUAAGUUGUCUGUUUGCAUGUUAUAAAGAGUUGUAUACUUGUGGUGACAUAUAACCUCGUCUACCACUACCUAGUGAAAUAAAAUGUAGCCAUUAGGAA